CUCAAAAUCGUAUUGAACAAACAAACUGAACGAAAAUUUCGAUAUUUUGUUAUAAAUAUUUUUUGUUGCAACGCCAGUCGUGGUCAUGAGCGCCAGAGAUCACCAGUAUGGUUCGGUUGUGCGUGCCACAGUCGUGGCACGGUCGAAUAGACCGAUCGUUAACCGCAUGUUGCGCUCCGCCCGUCUCGAUUCCACGGUGGGUCAAUUGGCCAAACCAGUUAGGGAAAAGAGGACGGAGGUGAAGCUGCAGCUAAUGCAGAAGGAACGCUCCUCCAGCACUGGGAUGAGUGGCUUCUCCAAGCUGUCUAGCCGCGAAGGGCUAAAAGGCAAGGCAUACUGGGACGCGGCCAUUCAGGAUGUGGAGUUUGCAGCCGCCUGUCGCUUCCAGCCCCGCAUUCCCGUCAUCGAUUAUUCCCUUGUUCUGCCACCUCGUUUGCGGGAGAGGGUGAAACGCAUACAGAACUAUGACUAUUCCAAGUCGGAUGACGACAUCUACAUACGGGAUGAGAUGCAGGAGGUCCGGCCGGAGGACUAUAUGAGUGCCGAGAGUUCUGAGAAGAGCGAGGAAGAGGAGGACACUGUGCUUCCUAGUCGGAAGAAGGUGGAGGAGUACUUCAAUGAGACCGACCAUUCGGACAUUGUGCGCAUGGAGCACGAGUUUGAGAAGUUCGACCUGAAGCUGGAUGAGCCCGUGGGACACACUCAUCGCACUGUGGACAAGACCAGCUGGUACGCCAAGUUCCUUUGCGCUCCGCGGGAUAAAAGGGUCAGCUGGCAGAGCCGUGUCGAACAUCCUGGACAGAACUACUCCAUGGUGACUCUGGACGAGCAGGCUGAGAAUCUCAUGGAUGCGUCGGCGGAACGUUUUGUGGAAUGGCUCAACUCCUUUGGCACCUUGGAGAGCAAUCUGACUCCGGAGAAGGUCAAAAACCUAUUCUCCAUCAAGGGCGAUCGCACACUGUUGGCCUCGGUGAAGACAGAUCCCAAGGAAGUGAAUGCCAUAGCCCAGACUGUGGCCGAUAAAUGGAACAAGCCGCAUAUGGCCAUUGAGCUGAAGUACGAGAAGCACAUCAAUGACCACGCUGCUCGGGUGAAUCAGAAGCCACUGCUAAGUGCCUUUGGACGCACUGUUCCGCUAAAGGAUCGCCCCUGGUUGAAACGAUCGAGUGAUACGUCUAUCAAGACCGUCUAUCCGGAGGAUUUGCUGACCCGCGAAAAGAUCUUCAAGGGCAUCACCCAUCUGCGAAGCACCACUGCCCUAAUUGACUUCUAUCUAGCCCAUCCGGAGCUGGAGCGUCCACAGUAUCUGCUGCAGAGCGGCGACUUCGAGCAGUCCAGCACCAGUGAAUCUGUGAUUGAGGUUCCGCUUUACGAACUUCUUGGAUUGCGUUAUUGAGUAAUCUCAUUUUGGCCAUGUUAAAAUUUCCCUUUUUUUUUUGGAGAAAUACGUACAAAUCUACACUGUGAAAAAUCAUGAGAAAAUAAAUUAUAAUUGCUGUAA